AAACACCUUGAUUUCUCUUGAACCCUCUCUUACAAUAUCAAUUUCCUAGCAACCCUUUUCCUUAAUUUUCCUCCAAAAAUAACCAUUAAAAUUUUAGUCUAUAGUUUCAUAUUUCCCUCUUUUUUUUUAUUCAAUGAAUGGAAGAACAAGCUCUGAUCUUCCACCAGGUUUCAGAUUUCACCCAACUGAUGAGGAAUUAAUUGUUUAUUACCUUUGUAACCAAGCAACAUCACAACCAUGUCCUGCAUCUAUCAUCCCUGAAGUUGAUAUCUAUAAAUUUGAUCCAUGGGAAUUACCUGAUAAAUCAGAUUUUGUAGAAAAUGAAUGGUAUUUUUUUAGUCCAAGAGAGAGAAAGUAUCCAAAUGGGGUGAGGCCAAAUAGAGCAACUGUUUCUGGGUAUUGGAAGGCUACUGGCACAGACAAAUCAAUCUUUAGUGGGUCUAAACAUAUUGGGGUUAAGAAAGCUUUGGUUUUUUAUAAGGGUAGGCCACCAAAGGGCCUCAAGACAGAUUGGAUUAUGCAUGAGUAUAGGUUAAUUGGAUCAAGAAAACAAGCCAAUAGGCAAAUUGGAUCCAUGAGGCUAGAUGAUUGGGUGUUGUGUAGGAUCUAUAAGAAGAAGAAUACCACAAAAUCAUUUGACACAAGAGAAGAAUACCCUACAAAUCAAAUCAAUGUAUCACCAAGAAAUGAUGAUGAUAGUGAACAAGAAUUGAUGAAAUUUUCAAGGACAUGUUCUCUAACUAAUCUUUUGGAUAUGGACUACUUGGGUCCAAUAUCACAAAUAUUAUCAGAUGGAUCAUAUAACUCAACAUUUGAAUAUCAAAUUAACACUGCACAUGGUGGAAUAAUUGUUGACCCAUUUGUAAAAUCACAAAUGGUUGAAAUGGCUACUAACUCUUAUGCAGCUGAUUCAGAGAAAAACAAUGUGAAACAGAAUAGCAGCUUCAAUUCAACCUUAUUUGGGAAUCAAGUAUAUGACCAUAGAGAAUAAUAAAUUAAUUACAAAAAAGAAUAGUAAAUGAAUGACAUUGGAUUAUUUAAUUAGGCAUGACGAUAAGCUUCACCAAUAAAAUAAUUCUGAAGAUUCUUUGUAGAAAUAUAUAAUAUAUAUAUAGCAUCACCCUAUGAAUUUUCAGUUAUAUUAUUUAAUCUGAUAGCUCCAUCAGAA